AUGAGUCAGCUUUUGGCAGUUGUGCAUCUACCUCUCUGUGGCCACAUGGAAAUUGAUAGUUUCUUCUGUGACAUACCAUUGAUAAUCAAGUUAUCCUGCACUGAUUACCAUGAUUUGGAUAUUUACAUGAAUGCUAACUGUGGGGUUGUAGUUGUAAGCUGCUUCAUUCUGUUGCUCAUUUCCUACACAUAUAUCCUUAUCACUGUUCCCCAGAGUUCUAAAGCUGGUGCAUCUAAGGCUCUGUCCACAUGCAGUGCCCACAUCACAGUGGUGAUGAUCUUUUUUGUUCCUUGCAUCUUUAUCUAUGUGUGGCCACUCAAUAUAAUUUGGUUGGACAAAUUCCUUGCUGUAUUUUAUACUCUUAUUGCACCUCUUCUGAAUCCAGCUAUUUACACACUGAGAAAUAAAGAAAUGAAAAAUGCUAUAAAGAAAUUAAAAAGCUAUUUCAGAAAGCACAAGGAAAAUACUUAA